AGAAGGCCGGCCGGCGGAGCUGGCUUGCGGCCUCCUUCGCCAGAGUAAGCGGUCCUCCUUCUUCCCCAAGCAGCCGGGAGCGCCAGCUUGCCAGCCCAGCCGCAGAGCGCCGCCGCCGCCGCACCGCCUAGAAAUGGAGUACACCGUCUACCUCUUCCUCUUCCUGCUUACAUUGACCACAGACUCUGUCCAGAUUGAGGACAAUAAGAUCCCCAACCUUUGCGCUGGGCACCCUGGAAUUCCAGGCACCCCCGGGAUCCAUGGUAACCAAGGCCUGCCAGGCAGAGAUGGACGUGACGGGCGUGACGGAGCAGCAGGGAUGCCAGGAGAAAAGGGUGAAGUUGGUCAAGCAGGAGCAGUGGGCCCCACAGGAGAAAGAGGUAGCCCUGGCCUCAAUGGGUUCCCCGGAGAGAAAGGGGCUCCGGGAGAGUGCGCAGUGGCUCCCCGCUCAGCCUUCAGCGCCAAGCGCUCCGAGUCUCGCAGCCCUCCCUUGGCCGAUGAGCCGAUCGUCUUCGACGUGGUGCUGGUCAACGAGCAGGGACAUUACGACAGCAACACGGGGAAGUUCCUCUGCGAGAUUCCAGGGCUGUACUACUUCGCUGUCCAUGCCACCGUCUACCGCAUGAGCCUCCAGUUCGACAUUAUGAAGAAUGGCAAGUCGGUGGCCUCCUUCUUCCAGUUCUACGGGAACUGGCCCAAGCCCACAUCGUUGUCCGGUGGCACCCUGGUGCGGCUGGAGCCGGAGGAUGAAGUCUGGGUGCAGGUGGGGGUGGGGGACUACCUCGGCUUCUACUCCAGCAUCAAGACAGAUAGCACUUUCACAGGAUUCCUGGUCUACUCCUACUGGCAAAACUCUCCCGUCUUUGCCUGAGAGACGACUUGCCUCUCUCCGCCAUGCAAUUUGCGGAGAAUUCCCGCGUUCCCUUUCUUAGCUCCGCCACGGCUGUCGUCCGUGGGGAUACCUGUGGCCCUUCUUAACCCGAGGGGUGUGGCACCCCUUUAGCUAAUGCCUGUAAUAGGGUUGUCGGUUCCUCCCAGAAGGUGUCUGGCAAACCCUCAGGCCAAGGUCGGGAUAGCUGUGCAGCAGAGAAGUAAAGUGACCUUUGUAGCGCACUAGCAAACAGUGUACUCCUUGCGGAGUAGAUUUGUUUUCUUUCUAUAUAUAUAUACACACACAUACAUAUUUAGGGCUCUGCCCCCCUUGCUUCGCUCGCCAGCCCCACCUACCCCUUUGGUAACCACCCUGCCCCACAUCAGAUGUCAAAUGACAAUAUGACUUUUAGAAGACAUCUGAAGGCAGCCCUGUAGAGGGAAGUUUUUAAUGUCUGGUGUUUUAUUGUGUUUUUAUAUUUUGCUGGAAGCCGCCCAGAGUGGCUGGGGCAACCCAGUCACAGAUGGGUGGCAUAUAAAUAAUAAAAUUAUUAUUAAUAAUAUUAUUAUCAUCUGACUAACCACCCUCCCUUUACACCCCCUUGUCCUCCCCUCACAGCUCGCCCAAACCUCCACACCUUUUAUAAAGGAGGAGGGAGGCACAGUUGACUGAACUUCUCUAUGAAGCACCUCUCCUUCUUCUGUCAAACCUCACUGCAGGCAUGUUUGACAGAGGUCGGCCAAGCGCCAUUCAAGAGCUCACCUGGGCUACCCUGCCAUUUCUCGUGCUGCAGCUGACGUGGCCAUCUGUUGGCGGCCCUGUGAACUGCAGAGCAUGACAUUAAAUCCUUUUGUUUGUACAGUACAGUAUAGAGAGAGAGAGAGAGAGACAGGCCGUCCUUUCCUACAGUUCCUCAGAAGCAGUCCAACUGGUAGGGGCUGGUGUAUUUCUGCAGCUCCUCCCUGUCAAAGGGGAAGGAGGGUACAGAGCAAGAGAGCUCGGAUCAAACCCCUGUUAAACCAUGAAAUCAAACUUAAUUUGUAUAUGGCAUUUAGGGCCGGGCAGUAUCUGGUUUUCAACAUCGUGAUAUAUCACCAGCUAAACCUUGUGAUAUACCAGGGGAGCUGGCAGAGUUAACAGGGGCUGCAGGAAUCAAGAGAAGCAUUAGCUGGCUUCAUGAUUUUCCCCACAUUGUGAUUUUUGCAUAGCACACACACACACACACACACACACACACACAUUUUGAUUCCCGAUAUAUUCCCAGGCCAAAAAUGACGGACCCAAUAUCAUGAUGUGGACUUCAAAUCGGUUUUGGGUGAUAUAUUGAUAUAUCACCUAGCCCUAAUGGCAUUGCAGAGAGAAAUUAGAGUAAUCACACAAAUGAAAAAUGCCACAGAAGGAAUUAUUUAAAAACAACAGUAAUUGUGUGAAUGGGUCUUUUCCCAUGUUAUCUUCUUAGCAUGCACAGAAGCAGGGGCGUAGGAAGAUAGGGGUGGUGGGGGCAGGGCACCCCAUCGCGGGUGCCCGCCUCACCCCCAAAACGCACGCCCUGCCCCAAAACGCAUGACCUGCGCACGGCGCACCCUGCCCCCAAAAUGUGCAACCCGCCCCGCCCCCAAAACGUGUGCCACGUCCCUGGGGGCAGCGCGCCUGCUCUCCGCCACUACACAGAAGCCUCCCUGCCCUCUCUUGCUUUGGCAGCCUGUAGUGACUGUUGGCGUGCUAUGGUCCAUGGGGUCACGAAGAGUCGGACACGACUAAACGACUAAACAACAACAAGUGACUGUUAGGGUGGUGCUGUGGUCUAAACCACUAAGCCUCUUGAGCUUGCUGAUCAUAAGGUUGGCAGUUUGAAUCUGUGUGACGGAGUGAGCUCCCGUUGAUCUGUUCCAGCUCCUGACAACCUAACGGUUCAAAAGCAUGCAGUGCAAGUAGAUAAAUAGGUACCGCUCCAGUGGCAACCCCAGAGUCAUUCACAACUGGACUUAAUUAUCAGGGGUCCCUUAACCUUUACCUUUUAGUGGCUGUUAGAAGGGUCCAACAGCCACUACAGGCAGCCACAGAUCCAGAGUCUUCUUGUGCAACAUUCCCAGCAAUGAAAGGGGCCCAUCACUGCUCACUCAUUAAUUUUUAACCUAAAAAGGACUGGAAACCGAGGCUGUGUUGUUUUCCAUCUGGUAGGAAAAGAGCCUCUUUCCUAUUAGGUAGCCCGGGGCAAGAUAAAGGUUGCAAGCUGACUGCUCUGCUCACAGCCCAACUGCAGAGAAUAUAUAUAUAUAUCAGAAAGGGUGCACAAAUUCUCAUUCAUGGACCAAGCAGCAAUAAAAAGUUUAGCCGCCCUAUAUGUUAUAGAUGUGUGGCAUGAGUUAUCCACUAGGGGGCUCCCUGAGCCCAAAGUUUAAAAAAAUUUGCUGGCCAAGUUAGUUAACCCUAGAAUGGAUUUUGUUUGUACGAUUGUUUCACGCAUGACAUUUCUUUUUUCCUACAUGGAAAUUUGAGUCUGUUAGUCUAUUAUUCCUGACUGCAAAGGAUGUGUAUAUGUAUAUAUUCACUCUUUUGUUCUCAGUCCUCCGAAGUGUCUUAAAUAUAAAUGAAAAGAUUUGGGUGCUGUUUCAUAUCUCUGUAUGGCGGGGUGAGUAUCAGUGUUUGGAGAGAUCUUUUCUUACUGGUAGAAAGCAGUUUGGAGGGAGGUGUUGCAAUGUUUCUUCCGACUCAACAUUUUACAGCAGCCCAAUAAAGAGAAAAUAAGUGGGUGACAUCCCCCCCCCCCACAUUAAGGUAAAGGUAAAGGGACCCCUGACCAUUAGGUCCAGUCGUGACCGACUCUGGGGUUGCGCGCUCAUCUCGCAUUAUUGGCCGAGGGAGCCGGCGUAUAGCUUCCAGGUCAUGUGGCCAGCAUGACAAAGCCGCUUCUGGCAAACCAGAGCAGCACAUGGAAACGCCGUUUACCUUCCCUGUGAGCUCACCCCGUCACAGGGAUUCGAACUGCCGACCUUCUGAUCAGCACAUCCUAGGCUCAGUGGUUUAACCACAGCGCCACCUGGGUCCUCCCCCCCCCGCAUUAAACAGAGUUAAAUAGAGCAAAACUUCAUCUGUUUCAAUUCUUGUAUACUAGAAAUUAAAGAACCUAUUGAUACAUUCCCUGUCUUUGAACUGAUGAAUUCAUCAAUUUAACCCCUAAGCCAGAUUGCAUAUAUUUAUUCCUUCAACAUGGACCUUUCUUUGGAUGUUGGAGGCUGUGAAACGGAUUUUAAAAGGUACCAUAAGGAUAUAGUCAGGUAUUUUAAAACGGUUUCCACUGUUGUGCUAUAGCAGGCAUCCCCAAACUGCGGCCCUCCAGAUGUUUUGGCCUACAACUCCCUUGAUCCCUAGCUAACAGGACCAGUGGUCGGGGAAGAUGGGAAUUGUAGUCCAAAACAUCUGGAGGGCUGAAGUUUGGGGGUGCCAGUGGUAUAGCAAUCCUGGCAGCAUCUGUGUCAAAAGUUCAUUUUGGUGAAAUGUCUUCAAAGUAUCUGUCCACCUAUUUAGUAGGAAUAACUGAGUAGAUAUUUGAAUAUGUGUUUUAAUAAUCUUUGAAAUCUAAUAAAUUUCAUUCCAGAGUGACACAACCUGUGGGCUUUCCCACCAGAGAUGGGGGAAAGUUCGUUUAUUCCCACAACCUGUCUGAUGAGAGGUGUAUUGGAAUUUGGGGUAGUUGAAUGGGUAUGUGAUACCGUCAUUGAUGAACAUGCUAACUCAAUGCAAAUAGGCCAAUGCUCAUUACGACCCGAUAUCCUGAUGACCAACGUCCUGUAAUGCUUCCUCUGAAUCUGGGCUGGGAAAACUGCAGCCAAUGGUGCAUGUGUGGCCCUCAGCCUGAUUUCACAAGGUGCAGCCUACUGCAGAAGCCCUUGAUGGACUUGCUGCGUAGCUUGAGACUCUUAAUCCCAGGGUUGUGGGUUCGAGUCCCACGUUGGGUGAAAGAUUCCUGCAUUGCAGGGGGUUGCACUAGAUGGCCCUCGUGGCCCCUUCCAACUCUGCAGUUCUAUGACUCUAUCUCUGGGGGCAGGGAGCAAGGCAGCCUGGGUUCUGUGGUUAUCUA